AUGGAAAAGGUCGACCGCUUGUGGCAAGAUUUGGGUGAACUCGUCAACUCCACUGUAGAGUCGGCCGUCGCCAAAGUCUCAGCAGUACCCGGCUCUGCAUUUGUUGUUCGCUACAUCAAGUCGUCCUACCAAAACGAUCCCAUCCGCACGCUUCUUGAACUGCUACUACUGCUUUUUGCCAUCAGAUACUUUUUAGCCUCCAAGUAUUCAACAACCAAGAAAAACUACGUCCAUCUCGAAGACUAUGAGGUCGACGAGCUGGUCGACGAUUGGGAACCCGAACCUUUAGUUUCGCCGCUUACCGAUCUUGAAAAACGUACCUUGGCAAACAUGCCCAUCAUUAAGGGGCCCAACGGACCAAGGGUCCAUCUGACAUCAGAAAAAGAAGUUCUUUCAAUCCCCAACAAGCUUGACGCAGCAUUACUCACUACUACGAUUGUUGAUUAUUCACAAGCCUCUCAGGAACUUGUCAAUCCCAACCAGUACCUCAAUUUCACCAUGACUGAUGUAUUUGGCUUUGGCGUUCGGCCCGACGUACGCGCGGAAGCCGUCAAGACCAUCCACGAGUAUGGUGUUGGAUCCUGUGGUCCAGCUGGCUUUUACGGUAAUCAGGAUGCUCAUGUUGAAUGUGAAAGCACGCUGGCCAAGUUUUUGGGUACCGAGGCAGCUAUUUUGUACUCUCAGGGCUUUGCGACCCCCUCUUCUGUGAUUCCAUGUUUCUUUAAGCGUGGUGACUAUAUUGUUGCGGACAAAAAUGUCAACAUUUCGAUCCAAAAGGGUAUUUUGCUGUCGCGUGCCAAUGUUCUAUGGUAUGAACAUAAUGACAUGGUGGACCUUGAGGCUAAGGUUGCGCAGGCAAUUAAGAUGCACCGCAGCCGCUCAUUGCCGCGUCGCAUCAUUAUCACGGAAGGUAUUUUUGAGUAUUCGGGUGACUCGCCUGAUUUGGCUAAGAUGGUUGAAAUUCGCAACAAGUACAAGUUUCGAUUGAUGGUUGAUGAAUCGUGGUCGUUUGGUGUAUUGGGUAAGACCGGCCGUGGGUUGGCCGAGGCUUGUGGAGUUGACCGCCGUGACGUUGAUUUCACGAUUGCAUCGCUGGCCAAUGCCGGUGGAUCCGCCGGUGGCUUUUGCGCUGGGUGGAAGUUCAUGGUUGACCACCAGCAAAUUACUUCGCUGGCAUAUACCUUUUCGGCCACCAUGCCGCCGUACCUUGCACGCAACACCUCUGCAAUUGUGCGUGAGUACCUGUCUGAUCCUGCACAUGAGACAUUGGCUCUUUCAUCUCUGCGUGAGAAGGUGAAUGUAUUUGUCAACACGCUUGAGCAGGAUUCUGAGUUUAACAAGUACGCAUAUAUUGUGUCUCGCAGGGAAAGCCCGCUUGUGGUUGUUCGGCUGCACAGAGCAUAUCUUCCACAAAUAAACAAGGCCUUAAUCAAGGUUAAGCAGGCCAAGGUUGCUGAGGAGGAGCUUGCUGAUAUCUACCAGCGAAUUGUUGAAGCUACACUUGCCCGUGGUGUUAUUAUUUCGCGGCAGCAGGUUCUUGGUCGGUUUGAAAAGUUUGAUAUUGUUCAGGGCUUGCGUGUUGUUGUUAAUGAUAAUUUGACUUCUGAGGAGAUUGAAUCUGGUGCAAAGGCUUUUGCUAGUGCCAUUUCUGAGGUUUUUGCAUAG